AGUUUCCGUGAGAGGCGGCCGUGGGGUGGGGGCUGUCCCUGUGCUCUUCGCCUACCGCUGACGAGAGCCUGUCGAGGCGGGGGCUGCCCAACGGGCGGCUGUUAUGUUGCUACGGUUUCGAGUCGGCGGCUCGCGGUGCCAAACCGUGUGGGCCUUGUCCCUUGCAGUGUUUACGCACGCCCACUUGCGGGGCAGUGUCGGGCGAGGUCAGUGUCGAGCAGUGGAACAGGAUGGCGCCUUUAUACGCCACCGAAGCCAGGACUUGAUCCAGUAUCUAUUUAGAGAGUUCCGAGAACGUGCUUGGGCAGCCCGCUAGUGUUUGGUGGUACUCCCAGAUCACUUUUUAAUUCUCCAAACCUAGGUUAUCCCAUAGGUGGGGAGCUCCUCAUCUGUUAUCUAAAGAGAGACACAACGAGGACCGGGCAGUCCUUUUUGGUAGCAGCAGAAACAGAGUCCUUAGUGCUGCCUGUGCUCAGUCAUGCUUCUGACACAGGCCUUUGGCACCGCCAGUGCCCACCGACACCACAGCCCAUCUUUUCAGCACCAGUGCGCUCCCUCUGGGCUCUGGCCGAGCACUGCUUGUGACCCACGUACCAGCCUUCAGUUUGUUGUGGGACUUUCUUAGUGAUCAGCUUGUUGCCGUGGCUAAUGACUUCCUGUCUCAAAAUAAUGUAAAUAUUACUACUUUGAGGAUUGCUAUCUGAAACCAUUAAUUACUCCCCUCCCUGAAGCACUAAGUACAAUCUCAGCUGAAGGCACUGAUGGUUGUGUUAUUCUUGGACAAAGUUACUGCUGGUGGAUAGUACUUGUAUACCCACUGUAUUUCUGUCUCAGUUGACUUGGACACCUGUUCUCCAGUUUCCUAGCACUAGCUAAAACUAACAUUAGGCUAGUGUUCCCUAUCUUCUUGAGGCUUGUAUGUACUAAGGUCGGGCUGGUUAUUAUGAAUACCAAGCCAUGUACUGAUCUGGACACAACACAUGGCUUUUUAAAGUAGGAUCAUUGCUGCUCUUCAGGGCCAGAUUGGAUGUGGCCCUUGGCAGCCUUACCUAGUGCCACAUGUUGCAUUUACUGGUUGGCACCCCUGCCCACGGCAGAGGGCUGGAACUAGGUGCUCUUUGAUCUCUUUGAUCUCUAGAUGAUUUCUUCCAACCCAAGCCUUCUAUGAUUCUGUUCUUUCUCCCAACCUAACCUUAGACCUAACUGAGUGAACACUGCCAGUAUAACAUUUAAAUGUUGCCUCUGACACAACUGCCUUUCUUCUUUGGGCUCAUAACUGUCUGAAUAUGCUAUUUUCCUAAAUCUAGUUGUUAAGCAAAUACAAAUUCAACUAAUCUAAACAAACCUUAACGACUAAUGUCUUUUGACAGUCUGAUUCCAUCAAAAACUAACCCAACCUAGCUCUGGACCAAAAAUUUGUUCUGAGAUGUGUUAUUUUCUAAAUGUCUGAUGUAUUCAAGCCAUGCAGUAAUGCAUGGAAGAAAGUUUUGACAGUGAUUUACCCUGUUUGUAUCUCUGUGAGAUUUGCUGUAGGCAAUGCAAUUGUUUUGAUUUCCCUCUUUCUGCACUUUUUAGCUCUUUUUGGGUGUAUAUGUGUGUAAUGUCAUUAAACUUGUGUGAUGGCACCAGCAGAUGACAGAUGCUUGCAACCAGGCUGAGGGGCAUGCUUCUACAACCAAAAGCUAGCCACAAGUCCUUACAUGAUAUUGUGGUGCUGAAGACAAGGUUAGGUGAGAGCUCCAGCUCAAGGUCAGGAAGCUGCUGCAGCUUGGAUGGAAACUGCUCAGGGUACAUAAAAUUGAGGAGCCAGUGCUUGUAAGCAGACUCAGCUUGGCAGGCUUCUAAUCUCAAUGGGCUAAUGUUGGUUGGGUUAGUUUCAAAGGCUAGAGAAUAGCAAUAAAUAAGGCAGAGUGAUCUUAUUGGAAGGGGAACAAAAAAUUAUAGUGGAGGUUGUUGCUUUAAAGAGUCCAGACUCCAUGGCUUCCUGCAGUUUAUGAAACUUGAAGGCUAAGUUAUACUUUUUACUCACUCUUAAACUCUUGAUUGCUCAUGGUACCAAAAAUGUACUUUCUCAUACUUGAAAUUAUAAUAACAUCCCUUAGCUUUGACUGUUUCAGGAACAUGCCAGAACUGUAUUCUAUGUUUUGUUUGUAUCAUUUACAUCAUUACAUGUACAAGCAAACAGGAAUGUAUACAAUAUUAAAUUCUGGCAGUUACUGUUGGAAAUGGAGUUCCUGUAGUUUCCUCUAUUUGCAUAGUUUAUACCAAGGAAAGAAGAAUUACAGUAGUUAGGAAAGAUCAGAUUAAGACCAGAUCAGAACCAAGAGAAAGCAGUUUGUGUUAGCUUUUGCUAACUCUCCACUGGUCAGUCCAGCCCACAGGAGUCCAAUGUUCACCAGGGCAGCGUGGGUCCUGGGACCAACAAGGAGUGCUUCAGGGCAUGAAAUAUGAAAGAAAAGAAAGAGCUUCUUGAAAGACUCAUCUGUUCUGAAAUCUGAAAUUAACAUGCAUCUUCUCAGUGGCUCCAUCUGGAGAAUAUCCAUACCCAAGAAAAUAGCUGUCCACUGUUGUAUGGAGGGUUUUGUAGUUAAUCCUUGUAGCUGGUCCAGUGCCAAUGAAAACACUGACGUGGAAAUUAAUGUUAUUGUUCAAUUAACUAAACAUAAUGUAGCAGAAAUUUAGGCCCAGUACAUAGGCUCCCAUUAACAGUGAUUUAGAAGAUGUUUGCUUUGACGGCUUUUCUUUCCCUUGCAAAUAUUUGCUUUGCAACGUCUGACAUUGGUUAUGUAAUGUUUGCUCUCAUGUGUAGGUGUAAAGUAGCUGUAAACAUUUUGUUCUUCCUUCUGUAGUUCAUCAACAUGAUUUUGUUUCUGUGUUAUUUGAUUAUCUCUGUUUUUGCAUAUCUUGGAAAAAUGAAGUAAGUUAAAAUCUUUUUAUGUGAACAGAAACGAUUUUAAAGGGUUUUUCAUGUCAAAAGCUUUGAUGUCAAAACGUUUUUAAUUAUUUUUUUCCCAUUCUAUGCAGAUCACUAUUUUCCUUGCAUUUCCAUUUGCUAAAAUACAGCAAAUAGCUCUAUUUUGUAUAUUAUCUCAAGCGAUUCAGAAGAUUGGGAGCAUUACACGGAAUAGGAAGAAAAAGCCUAUUGAGGAAAUAGCUCUUCAUUGCUGGAGUUCAAAGUUGUUGUUAAAUGCAGUAUUUCAAUAGAUGUUUCUCUGUCUUGUCUUUGCUGGUUGCUGGAACUAGGAAAGUCUUGGAUAUCUCAGCCCUUUGUCGGUUGCCAGAUGCCACAUGCAGGUCAGCAGUGACCCACACAUCAGCUGUCCGUGCCUGCUGGACAAGGCAGGAUCAUGAGAGCUUCCAGGCACCACAAAAACAUCACCUGAGCUGCCUAUCUCACAGAAAUCAGCUUACCUCUUCCCAACCCCGCCUGCUUUUUAUUUGUCAGAUAUGGACUUGUUAUGUUGUUGGGUUGGUUGCUUUUUUUUUUUUUUUGGAAACAAAAAAUGCUUAUAAAUUAUAAUGUCUAUAAAAUGCUUUUAUGAACAUGACAUCUCUUGCAUAUCCUAGAUCUGAAUGUAGGAGCUGCUGAAACAGUUAGAAGGAAUGUAGGAGAAAACUAAAGUUUAUAUGUUUGCUGUUACCCGUUAACAGCAUAAUGGUGUAUUCAUUAGUUGUAAUGGAUUAUCUUUCUAUCUAAGCAGUAAGAUAAUUAUCAACAUAUGAAUCAGCAGCAAAAUAUUUACAGUGAAAAUGAAUGUCAGGGCUCUAGCAUUUGUACCUGAGGAGGGUACCUCUCUGAAGUGCCGCUGAGACAUGCUCCUUCAGGCUGUGUCAGUGGAGCAUCUGAGAGCCAAAGGAGUGCGUGAGCGCAUCUGCCCAAGGAGGAGGAAGGGUUCUGCCUGAGCAGAUGUCCUGGUGUAUUUUUGUAUCCAGAAGUACUAAAAGCAUGCAAAAAGUUAAUGGAAAGUCUUGCAUGUCUUGUGUCAGAGAAGCCAUUCUUCUGAUACCAUUAUGUAAUGAUGGCAUUCCAGAGAAACUGGAAGGUAAACUAUUUUAUUGCUUGAUCUCUCCUGAGAAUGCUAAAUUGUACCUUGAUUGGAACUUACUGCAAAAUAUUGUUCUUAACAGAACAAUAUUUAUUUAGACUUACCUCAUUACAGUUGCUGUUAGAUUUAUAUUUAAAGCUAUUUAUUCUUUAUAAACCAGACUGAAAAAGAGGUGAAACCUCAGUUUUCCCAAAUUUUUUACAUGCUACACCCACACCUGUACAAAAGAAUGAUUGUUACUGUUGUUUCAAGUCUUACUUACCUUUAAAGGAGAGAUGCUUUAAAUUUACAGGAAAAAGGCAUUUCUUCUAGUGAUAACAUGUAAAAAGUUAUUUGAAAAAAGAUGUUUCUGAACUGAUCAUUUCUUGGGAAAGAUCUGGGAGAGGACAGAAUGUUACUUCUCACCAGGUUACUUGCAUGGUAUCCCCUUCUCUAGCACCCUUUGGCUAAGAAGAAAUAAACCCUCCCAUAUAUUUGCAAUGAUCAGGCUAGGAAAUACUUGUAUUGAAAUAUCUUGGAAUUUUGUUUUUCAAAGGGUUUUCCUUGAAAUCGAGUGAAUAAUUUAGUCAGUGUACAGAAAGGUACUUUUGUAGUUAUUCAGAAACAGUUCAUAUCAUUUUCAUUCUCUUUUUUAACCUUACGGUUUUCUGUGUGGCUCAGUGCAACUGGUAGAAGUAAGUGGUAUAGGUUUUACAUCUGGUAAAAUGUUUCUAAAAGCAAAUAUUAAUGGCUAAGUAAAGGUGAGAUUGUGUCAGGAAGAGAGGUCUUCUAAGUCCAUUUAAUGAUCAUGCCUUGUUUGUUGAAUCUACUUAAUGGUUCCAUGUGACUUCCCUGACAUCAUCAUAAAGCCCUGUUGAGCUUCGUUCUCCUCGCAGCAAAACCAGGGAAGUAGUGCCUAUCUGCCUCACAGCUUGUGUGGGUUAGCCUUAAGUGCUGUGAAAAAAGCAGUGAAGAUGCUCAGUGAAUGCAUAGAAUUACAUGCUACAUAUAAUUUGCAUAUGAGAUGAUGCUAUCAUCAGACGCUUGGUAUCCAUUUUAUCACUGGAGAAAAGCAUUUGUCAUGUAGUCACCUUAUAAAUGAACAUGAUCUUUACCUACGCUAUAUUUAUUAAUAUUAAUGCUGAUUGGUCUGAUGUGUGCUACUCUAUUGUUUGUUCCAUGUAUUUAAAAUCUGACUGUGGCAGGAUCUCACUGGUCUCCUUUUGACUGUUCAUCAUGGUGGACCCAAGUGCUUCUCUUGGAAAUACUCUGGUUUGUGAGGCAGUGUGAAGCAUUUCUGCUGGGCUGGGUAGCAGGCUGGGAGCUGCAAUAGGGCAGAUUUAGCUCCCUCUGGCACAGGUGUGUAGCACUUGUGUCAUAUAAGCAAGGUGUGUGAAUGACAAUACUGAAUGAGGUGGUUUGGAGGCUAAGCAUCGUCUGCAGCAUGGGAGUUAACAUGGCCUCCCUCAUCAAGGAAAUAAUUAUUUUCACUGCUUUGAGAAAAUUGCCUUUUAAAAAAUGAAUCUAGCGUCCAACAAAAUCAUUAAUGUAUGGAUGCUUGUUGUUUUUACUUUAAUUAAAAAUGUGUUGUGCAACGUAUUAGGUGCAGUAUGGUAGCCAAAUUCUACUUCAAACUGUGAUGUACAGUUUUAAUGACAGUUCUGCAAGGACCAAUCACUGUGUACUCUUUCUCUUCUCUAUAUAGGCAACACUUAAUGAAGUAUACACAUUACUAAUGUCCGUCCUGCAGAGAAAUGAGCUGUGAAAAAAUUCAAGCAAACAUGUUCCAACUGUUCAUACAAAGGAUUGCAUAAGUCACGCAUUGUGUUUCCACAAAACUUUCCCCACAAUUUGCUGCUGAUCAGCAUGUACUUCACUUACUUUCCUCCAAUUAAAAUUUGCAAACAGACCAGCUUUCCAGUGCUAACAGAGAUUCAGAGCCACGUGUUCCAGGAAUGGCUGGGUACGCCACGCCGAUACAAUAUAAAGGCAACGUUAAUCACCUUCUCUCUCACUUUUUAAUAGCUUCCUUCCAUAGUUCUCAUUCUCCCUCACUAGAGACUUAAGAUUAAAGGAACUUUUCUCAAAUACAGUUUAAUCAAUUAAGAUGGAUCUCCUUCAUAGCAAUGGAGUGCUUAUCAUUCAGCAUUUACAGAGAGACUACAGGGCUUACCAGGAUUUCCUUAAUUUUAUGUCACAUGUUGGAGAUCCUCGGAAUAUAUUCUCAUUUUAUUUUCCUCUUUGGUUUCAGCUCAACCAAGUGGUUGGUACUAAAAUGAUAUGGGUGGCAGUCAUUGGUGAUUGGUUCAACCUGAUAUUUAAAUGGAUUUUAUUCGGCCAUCGUCCCUACUGGUGGGUGCAUGAGACAAUGAUUUAUCCCAAUCAGUCAAGCCCAUGCCUUGAACAGUUUCCCAUAACAUGUGAAACUGGACCAGGGAGCCCAUCUGGACACGCAAUGGGAUCUUCCUGCGUCUGGUAUGUAAUGGUAACGGCAGCACUUAGCUACACAGUGAGGUGGAAAGAGAAAUCAGCAGUUAGCCUUCACAGACUGACACGGUCGUUACUCUGGACUAUUUUUUGGAUUAUCCAGAUCAGCGUAUGCAUCUCAAGAGUAUUCAUAGCAACACAUUUCCCUCAUCAAGUUAUUCUUGGAGUAUUUGCUGGAAUUGUUGUGGCAGAAGCAUUUGAGCAUACCCCUGCUAUUCAGACAGCAAGUUUGAGAAUGUACAUCAAGACAAACUUGUUUCUUUUCAUCUUUGCCCUUGGUUUUUACCUAGUCCUCAAGCUUCUUGAUAUUGACUUGCUGUGGUCUGUCCCAAAGGCCAAGAAGUGGUGUGCCAAUCCAGACUGGAUAAACAUUGACACAACUCCGUUUGCUGGACUGGUGAGAAAUUUAGGUGCAUUCUUUGGCUUAGGUAUUGGUAUUAAUUCAGAAAUGUUCAUCACCAGCUGCAAGGGUAAAAACAGCUGUAAGAUAAGUUUCCGCGUAUUGUGUAUAGCUGCUUCUUUAGCUACACUACAGCUGUAUAAUUUUGUUAAGAUACCUACUCAUACUGAGUAUUUGUUCUACAUUCUCUCUUUUUGUAAGAGUGCAGCUAUGCCUCUGACUGUAGUCGCCUUGGUUCCAUACUGUGUCCACACGUUAAUGAGAACAACUGAUAAGAAAUGUAAUUAGAUAAGGUUUCCAAAUGGUUGCCAGUGCAAGGAUAUGAACUGUUCAAGAGCCCUCCACAAAGGCAGUUCUAACUCACUCAUGUUAACCAAAGGAGAUGCCACUGCACCUUUGAUGUGCUCCUGGUAAGUAGCCUGUAUAUCCCAAAUCAGUGCAUUCAAGAAUGGUUUUGGCAGCUCAGAAAUAUUAAGUAGUUGCUGACUUUAUUCCUAGAAGCAUUGCAAUGAAGGAUACUGCAGUAUGGUUUUCUAACAACAUUCCGAGUCAUGCUGAAGUUUUAAAGUAAAGUAUUAUUGGCUAGCUUUAUUUAGCUACUCGGUCACCUUUUAGUUCUGUCCAUUGCCAACUAGAUGGUGCUUUGGGCCUCAGUGGUACAUAGUGGUACACAGUAUUUAAUUUUUUUAUAUGUAGAUGUAUGCUAAACUGCUAGCUAAUGGAGUGACAGUAUUAAACCACCUACAACUGUACAGCUGUCCCCGAGCACUGUGAAAAAAACCAAUGCAGUUAUCAGGAAGGAUUUCUAUAGAUCUAUCUUCUUGCGCUUCCUGAGCUAACAGCUUCUGCUUAAGCCAGAUGCGAAAAAAAAUUAAAUAAAAAGAAAAUUUGUUCUAAUUAGACUCUGUAGAAUAUAUUGUUGCAUUACUGUGAUUUUUGAAAUUUUUACUUUUAAAAAUGAUCAUAUCAUGAAUGAUAAUGGUUACACUUUUGAUGUUGAAAAUACAUGAAUACGAUGUAGUAAAUAUUGUAGUCUUGUACGUCUACACAGAGCAACAAAUAUAGAAAUCUGUGAAUCACUAAACUAGCUCAGCAUACUCCCUCAAGAAUGUUGUUCAUGCUCCUAUAUUGCAAGUGUAAAUUAGUUUAAUUCUGUCAUUUCAAGAGUCACAUGUCAGAAUCAGUUAUUCCUUCUGUAAAUCAUGAAAAUGGGACUGAUGAGUAAGCUUGGCUUAUGCACAGAAGUAACUAAUAUGCUAAAUGUAAAUUUAUUACGUAGAACUGAUGCUCUACAAAUGGAAAGCCACAUGAUUUCCCUUU